AUGCUAUUUUCAGUUCCAAUCCUAGAAAUGGCGGGGGUGAUUCUAGGCGUGGUUACCCUCGGCAUAUGUUCUUUCAUAAUCAUCGUGGUGUGCAUGAAGUACCCGAUGAUCAGGUCAAGGACGUUCUGGGACAGAAGUCUUAAGCGCCUCAUUCGUCGCCUCUAUUCUGGCGUAAGAAAAACAGAAAAAGCCGAAGAUAAGAAAAGUUUAGUAAUGGGUCCAAUGCAAAACAAGAAGCAGGAGCAAACUAAAUUCGUUGUUCCUCAGAUAUUCGUUGACUACGGAAGUCGUAGACAGUCCUACGCCUCUGACUACCUGCGGCGAUGCAGUGCAGAAAGCAUGAGUUCCAGGAGAACGUCGAUAGCAUCUAAUGAAACAGACCGCAGGGGUUCCGGAAGUAGCCUGAGCAGCCGUCGGACAUCUCUCGCAUCCAAUGACCGCCGUGGAUCCGGAAGCAGUUUGAGUAGCAGACGAACGUCACUGCUUUCAGACUGCACGUCAAGACGCAGUUCUGGAAGCAGCAAAAGCAGUCGCAAAGGUUCCAACGCUAGUUCUGGCAGAUAUGACGAUACAGAUGAAUUAUUAGCUGACCUUUCCGACUCUGAGAAUUUAGAAAUGGACGCAAUGUACACGUUGGAGGAAGAGCUUCCGCCGGAAACAAGGAGGUCCAGUCUUGAGGAGGGAGACGGUAAAGAGCAGGAGAAGACCAGACGUAAGCCGCGCCCAUACCGACGCAGCCAUUCGCUCGCCGAAAUUCGACGCCCAAGUGCAAUAUUUAUUCCGGAAGUUAAGCAGCCGCAGCCAACAGGUCGAUGUCGACCCGACGGACGUAGAGUGACCUUGUCAUCCCUAGUGGUCAGUUCAAUGAACGCUUUGGAUCACACACCUAACCCCGUGGCACCACCUUACCAACCAUACCAGCGGAAGAAACCGAAACUGCGACCCCCUAUAACCGGUCUCCCCGACACUCCCGUGAUGAUGGGGGACCUCAAUCUCGAGGAGAUGAUGGCCCCACGGUACGCUGCCCCUCUCCAGCCCACGGGCAAACUGAAGGUGCAGCUACAGUUCACCGACAACGCACUAAACGUCAUCAUAAUAGAGGCUGGUGAUCUCCGUAUUGCCGGAUUGCCUAGCAACACUGAAGUUAAUCCUUAUGUAAAAGCUUUCUUGGUUCCUGGAAGAACAUUUAAAUACAGAACCAAAACUAUCAAUAAAUCACGAAACCCAGUUUUCUUAGAAAAAUUCUCCAUCUCGGAAAUUACUCGGGAUGAUUUAAUAGAGGGAGCGGCCAUUGAGUUCCAGGUUUACUCGUCGCACCACAUAACACGACGUCAUCUCGUCGGCAUGGCGUCCGUGCAACUGAGAGACAUCGACAAGUUCGACAACGGUCUGACAGAGCUCAUUAUUCUUCCCCACAGUGUUUACAGGCUGCAUCAGGGUGAUAUCCAUAUCUCGGGCUGUUACCAGCCAGUGGCUGGUAAGAUGGUAUUUAACGUUGUAGAGGCAAGAUCGCUACCACGUGUCUCGUUGCUAGGCGCAGUCAAUCCGUACGUGAAAGUCGAGAUGUACAUAAAUGGUAUACGUGAGGCCAAACACAAGACAAAAGUUCGCCAGAACACACAAGACCCUGUAUGGAAUCAGGCUUGCGUAUUCGAUAUUAACCGAGAAAAUCCGAAACUGCUGGGUCACGUGUUUGUAUUCCAUAUUAUUCACAAGGAUAUGAUGAUGGGCGUCCAGAAAAUAGGCCAGGUUGAGCUGGGCUGGUACAGUCAUGGCGAGCAGCUUGACCACUGGUACGACAUCAUGGAGCAUCCGCAUCGCCCCACCGACUACUGGCAUCCCAUCAUCAAGACCAGCAAAAUUACGUCAUGACCAUUUUGAUAUUUUCAAAUCUUAUCCAAAAUAACGAAGUAUUAUAUUUGUUAAAUAUUAACGCAUCAGAUGGUUAAUGAGCUAGAUGAUAAUCGUAAAUACGUGGUAAAUGAAAUACAUGCGAGAGUUUUACACUGGUUACUAAUUGGUUUCCAGUCCGCAGAGAAACACUUGUGGAGAUAAUCCUUCCCAAUAAAUGAAAGAAGUGUAGUCACGCAUACAUGUAAAAUUAACUGUAAGCUUCAGAACUCACUGGUCAGUAUGUGGGUAAUAAAGCUCUUUGGUAUAAAUUAUAUUUUUUACAGUGGUACAAGGUAAACUUUCUUGAAGGUGAAAACGUAUCCCGGUAACUAAUCCAGGAUUCAAGGCUAUGAAGAAAUCUGGAUAGUUUUCCUUUGUUUGCAAAUAAAUACGAGAGAGAAACCUUUAUAUAGAUAUAAAUAGAUUGGUAAUUUAAUCAACAAUGCAGACCAUGUAAAAACAGUUGUCUAUCAGGAGUAAAAAGCUUGUAUCGUCCAUUUAGUCACCUGUUGAUAUUUUAUAAACCAUAUACUUUUAUACCAGUUUGAAAUAAAUAACCAUGAAGAGGAGCGCAUGGUGUAAGUAGGCAAUUAUAACAAUAAUAAUUAAAUAAUAUAUUGACAACUCAGUAUCGUGUUUAUGAACGCUCAGCCAUAUGUUAAUUUUAGAAAAACACUGAAUCUAACAAAAAAAACAACAACUAAAAACGUAAUUAAUAUUAAUAAGUAAUCCAUGGCUCCUGCUGUUGGCAACGAUGAUCAUUAUAACUAUAUGAUAUUUGAUUGUUAUUCAUUUGUAUUGGCCUGUGACGAUUGUAUUAUUUGUAUUGUGAAUGCGUUAUUUGUCGUAAGUGUCUCCUACUGUUGAACAAACCAUGCCUAUUAGAAUUACUGAUAUAAAUGACUGUCUAAUAAAGAUUGCCGAUGUAAAUGUUAUUAAAAUGAUAGAUUUGAUAAGUUUAUGCCUGUUUCAAAUGAUGAGUGAAAGUACGUUUAUUCUACGUUUAAAAUGUUUAAUAAUAUGUUAACAAGGCUCACACAUAUAGCAAUAGUGAUAAAUGUCAACUUCGGUGCAUAGUUUCAUAUGUGUCAUCACACAUUCCUAUAUUUGAUAUACAUAUGGACAUAAAUCUACAGAUACAAGUUUAUGAUAAAAUCUGACUUUUUGAAUAUCAAUAUACAAUUUUGUAUAUUUUGUAUGAUUCUCUAUGAAUCAAUCAAAUGAAAUAGGUAUGCUAAAACGUGAAUUAUACACUUCAAUGCAUUUUAUUGAUAUUACCAUUGAAACAAUUUUAAAGUGAACAACUAUACAAAUUGUUAAACACGUGCUAGAUUGUGUCAAUAUAAUAGAAAAAUAGUCCCUUAUCA